AUGGCACCGAGGAGGAUGCCAAGGGACUCAGCGGGUGCGGACGUGGGGAAUCCUUCUGAAUGCGGCUGUGUGGAGGGAUGGAGCAAGAGCAACGUGCCAUGCUCGUUCUCCCCCAAGCUCAAGCGUUGGAUCCAUCGCACUCGUUCAGCGAUGGGCGGAGAGAGCGUGAGCAUACAGCAGCAGCAGCAGCAGCAGAGUAGCUCAAAGCUAGGUCGGUGGCUCCACCGCACGAGACUGUCGUUGCAGCAGAGCAGGGACUCGUUGCCGUCAGCCUCUUUCCAAGCAGACCCCAAGAAGCUUGAGCGAUGGCUGCUGAGGAGCCGGACGCAGGUGGAAGGAGCUGAAGAGCAGAAGGCGGAGGAGCUGCUGCAGAUCUGGACAAGUGCGCUAGGAGACAUCAAGGAAUGGGAGGAGGACCAAGAGGAGGCGAAGAACUGCAGGAGGAAAGCACAAGUAGAGAAACGCAAGCUCAAGCUCAAGCUCAAAUUCAGGCUCAAGCUCAGGCACAAGCUCAAGCUCAAGCUCAGGCACAAGCUCAAGCUCAAGCUCAAGCUCAAGCUCAAGCACAAGCUCAGGCACAAGCUCAGGCACAAUCUCAAGCUCAAGCUCAAGCUCAAGCUCAAGCUCAAGCACAAGCUCAAGCUCAGGCACAAGCUCAAGCUCAAGCUCAGGCACAAGCUCAAGCUCAGGCACAAGCUCAACCUCAACCUCAACCUCAAGCACAAGCUCAAGCUCAGGCACAUGCUCAAGCACAUGCUCAAGCUCAAGCUCAAGCUCAAGCUCAAGCUCAAGCUCAAGCUCAAGCUCAAGCUCAAGUGCCACCCUCGGCAGGAGCAAGUGCUUUGGGAGGAAAGCUUGGAAGGUGACGUCAUAAUGUUCAAAGUUGAAGUCUGA